ACCUGCAUCAGCACACCCCGCCGACGCUCAUCUUCAGCUCAGUUUUACCAUCACGUUGUAGUUCGAUCACAAUGUAUCACAGUGCUCUCGUCGUCCACAAGUCCGAACAAGCCUUCGGUUCCUACACCAUCAAACAACUUCCUAGCGACGAUGUCUUCGUGACCAGACGUCUUUCGGGUGCCACUCGCCUGCCGCUUCAUACUACUGUCGGUGCUUUUACGGUCUCCGGCUCCAUCGACACAGUCUCCCUAGAAGCAACAGUGGCCGUGAAUAUUUCCGGAAUCAACCUAGGCCUAUUCUAUGGAAGGCCAAGCAGCGGGUUCCGGGUUGAUAUCGAGCUGGAGAUCUUCAAGGGAAGUGUUGAGGUUGAACUGGAUGCUUUCGAUGAGGUAUGGCUUCACAUCAGGCCAGCCGGGAAUUCGUCCAAACAUACAGCGGAGGGCUCCACGACGCAUCUCGCAAACUUGCCGAGUCUGGCUUGUGCGCCUUGGGUGUAGGAUUUGCGGUUUCAAGUUAUUCACGAAGCGAAUGAAUUGUUUUUAUGCUAUGUUUAUUAUUAUUGUUUAAGUUCGUCAUGUACAAUUCACCCUAUGUGGUCCCCAGGUAAGCCCUUUGGAGCUACAGACCCGGGGUGAUUUUAACUCAGCUGAUAAAGAUCAUGAAUCGCUAUCGCAUUGACCGCAA